AUGGUUGUAGCAUUUCAUCCAUACCAAGAAAGGUACAGUUCCUUCCUUCAAACGUACCAUAUUCAGGGAAAAAGAUGUUCAUGGCCAUAUCGAGUGAUUCCGACGAAAGCAAUGGCUCAAAUGGGAUUUGAGUUUACUCCAAAGUUCAAAGGAGAGGCAUUGAGUAGGGACUGUGUUAGGUGUAAUUUUUGCGGGUCAGAUAGCUUUGAUUUCCACGAUUGCAGAAGCAAACCAAUGACUGCAACGCUAACGAAAGUGUUGGAGAAUCAUCUGCAAACUCAGGAGACUUGUUUGUAUUCUAGACUGAAAUUCAUUCUAGUACGCUCUUUCUGGAAAAAUGAGCCCAUUGAUUGGUCCCAGCACCAAAUAUUGGGAGAUCCUUAUAAUAUGGAAAUGAUACGGCUGCGACAGUGGACGUUCAAAGAGGGAUGGAUCCACGAAAGUAACUCUCGUAUUUCUUCAAAAUCAAUGGCUGAGGCAGGUCUUCUACGCUACGAUUUGGGGCUUUCAUCACCAGAACUCCAGGAAGAACACCCGGAUGCCACAUAUUGCAUAUAUUGCAGCAAAAUUAUAGGCUCUUGGGAGGCAGAUGACGAUCCGCAAUGGGAACACUUUGUUUGCUCGAAUGGGGGCCAAUGUCAUUUCUUCGAGAUCAUGUCAAACUCAGCGACUUUGGCGCAAAUGAAGACGCGGUUCGACGAAGAAGGCUUCGGUAGCAACGAUAAAUUCAUACCUUCUCUCGACUAUUACGAGACUUUCGGAUCGCAACUACUCAAGUACGAGCAGGAUGCUGCAGGAGACGAGUUUGAUAUUAAGCGUGGUAGGCCGCGGUCGCGUGGAAGUAAUGAAAUGGUCAUUAGGGAAGCCAAAAAACGAGGGCGGCCCCGAAAAGAGAAACCUGCUGAAGAAGUGGCCACCGAUGAGGGCAGCGUUGCUUUAAGUAACGAGGGCAUACCUGUUACAAAACGAAAGAGAGGGAGACCACGCAAGGUUGCUGAUAGUGCAUCGACAGAAAUAAAGCAGAAGCGUCCGAGAGGUCGGCCCCGUAAAGACACAAUUUCUUCAACUGCGCAUGAUCUGAUGCCGAAGAGCAUGUCACCUCCUUCGACUGGUAACUUGAAGACAUCUGGCUCGAGUGGAUCAGCAUUAACCGCCGCCUCAUCUGCAGGUGAUACCAAUUCACUAACGCCUUCGAUCUUACCUGAAACGAGUUGUCCUGCACCAAGCGAUGGGUCAGAUGUUGAAGGUGACCAGCAACAGAUAGAGCGGCCGUCUACUGCAACGGAGCUCGAUAACUCCCCAAAGCGCAAAGUCCGUUUGCGUCAAAACCAGCGGCUCACCUCGACGGAGGAUCAGGAUAUUGACAGUGACACCAAUUCAACUAAAAGCAUAGUGUUCAACUUCAAUAACCCCUCGCCAAAAGGCAAGUCAGAAGCGAGAAAUCCUAUCAUAGAUGACAGCUUUGACGCGUUCAGCUUUAGCGCUCAUGGAAACAGUGAAUUCGUAAUUCCGGAAAGCGCUUUUCAAAUCAAAAAAAGCAGCGUACUGCAGCCUCUUGACGAAAAAAGCUUCGGUGCCUCCACAUUGCCGCAAACAGGCAAUGAAUCUCCAAAGGAAGAAUCUCCUAUUCAAAAGCUUGCUUUAAAAGAAAAUGCUCUCGAUGACAUAGAUAUGAAUGUUGAGAUGAGCGAUGACUCUUCUGGUAGUUCUCCUCUUUCGAAAGCUUCGACCCCCGUCGGCUCACCGGCUCGUUCGUUGCCCCCGCCUGAGAAACACAUGCUCGACAAAAGACGAGACAGUGAGGUUAAUAAAACAGAAUUGAACUCGGCCUCUGGCCCGAAGUCAAUAUCAAGAAUCGAUGUGGAUACAUUGUCACUUGUAGCCAAAAAACCAGAUAAUGAUGAACUUUCACCUCGCAGUGCAGAUGUUGACACGGAAUCGUCUGGCGCAAUCAUGGAAACCACUGAACAACCAUCACCUAUUAACAAAUACAACAAUCGAUUGUCUCCAGCCCUUAAACAAACUACUUUAGCGGUUGAAGGCGAAAGUGCUCGGCCGCUGUCAACAAACACAGCUGUCACGACAAGAGAAACUCCUAAAGAGAAUGUUUCUGAACCAAAGAUUCCAGAGGAUGGUCCGACACAACAAGGCACGCCUGCUCGAGAGAGACCCCCGGCGAGUCCAACUUCCGCAAACAUAUCUUCAUCUGCUGCCGAGCUACGCAAUUCUUUCAGUAAGGUAGAUGAGGAACGGGUGCUUUUAGCAGACUAUUUCCGCCAACUACUGCGAUACAUCAAUGUAAACGACAUGUCGCUGUCGAACGAGGUCGAUGGAGAUUUGAGCUUCUUUGUCCAGCAUAUGCCACCAGCAGAGAAAAAACUGACCUUCACAGCAUGGAUAGAUUUAAAACAGUCAGAACUAGUUGAGGAGUUUGAAAGAGACUACAGGAUUAAGGUGGCUAAGUUAGAAGAGCAAUUUCAAUUGGCUAAAAGCUUUUUUGAAAACAUGGACAAUGACGAGACACUCUUGAGAAUUGCAGAACAAUUUGGAGCCCUGGACCGUACCAACAAUGCGCUUUAA